AUGCACAUUUACGACGUCCUCAUUAUCGGUGCAGGUCCUUGUGGCCUUGCAGUUGCGGCGAGACUCCGUGAGCACACGCCAUCAGCAACAUUCACCGACGACGAGCAUCAGCGUUAUCACUGGAUCCGCAAGCAUGGCCACAAGAUGAACAUCAAGAACUACCGCACCAAUACAGACUCUCUUGAGUUGCCCCCCUCAUAUGUUCAGUCAGCCUGUGGCCACCAGCCCGAUAAGAAGCUCGACAUGCUUGUCCUGGACGCGGACGGUCCAUCCUGGAUGAGCAAAUGGAAUCGACUCUUCAAGACGUUUGGUAUAGAAUACCUUCGAAGUCCGAUGUUUUUCCACAUCGAUCCAGCCGACCGGGACGCGCUUUUAGGUUACACCUACGAACACAACAGGGAAAAGGAGCUGCAGCCUCUACCUGGAUGCGCUGGGAAGGAAGUCAGCAAGCAUCGGAAGAAGAAAAAGAUGAGCCGGGGAAGGAUUUCCCAGAGUGGCCCCGACGUCGAUGAGAGAGAUCGCAAAGAUUACUUUACGCCCUCGAGCACGCUGUUUCGCGCUCAUUGCGACGAGGUCUCGUCUCGGUACAGCCUCGGACGUAAUCUAAUCCAGCAUGAGAAAGUCGUCGAUGUUCAGUUCAGGAACGCAUCGGCAUGGGAAGACGGGGCGCACGAUAGCUUCAUUUCAGACGAUGAAUUGAACGAUGACCAGCAGUUAUUUCGCGUCACUACGGACAAGUGUGUGCGCUACGCGCGCAUUGUGGUUUUGGCUGUUGGACCUGGGAACGCGCCUGUUAUACCGCCAAUAACUGGAAUCACGCCAAACAUACCACACAAAGGGUAUUCUCAUGCCAUGCAGAUCAAACAGUAUCCCCCGGCACAUGUGGCAGCAAGAGUCGCUCAACGCCUGUCCACCAAUGUUUUGAUUGUCGGUGGCGGACUGACGAGUAUUCAGCUUGCAGACCUCGCUAUCCAAAAGGGAGUGAAUAAAGUCUGGUUACUCAUGCGUGGGAAUGUGAAAGUGAAGUACUUUGAUGUGGAGCUACAGUGGGUCGGGAAAUUCCGGAACUUCAACCAGGCAGCUUUCUGGUCAGCAGACACCGACGAGGAACGGUUUCGGAUGAUUGCGGAAGCUCGAAACGGUGGCAGCAUAACCCCGCGAUACCGCAAGGUCCUCGAUGCUCACGUAGCAAGCGGCAAGAUCUCGCUCCAUACCCAUACAACGUUGCAGUCGCUUGCCUGGAACCCAAAUCUGCUCCAGUGGACAUCAACUACCACAGCCCCCACGCUUUCACUACCACCAAUCGACCAUGUCGUCUUUGCAACCGGUAUACAGUCAGAUAUCGAGCAUCUUCCCGUUCUCGACACUAUACGAAAGGAAUAUCCAAUUGAAUACGUUGGUGGCCUACCAUGUCUCAACGACGACCUUAUGUGGGCUGAUGAUGUUCCACUUUUCGUUACUGGCCGUUUGGCAGGGCUCCGACUUGGUCCGGGUGCGCCAAAUCUUGUGGGCGCCCGAGUUGGGGCGGAGAGAAUCGCUUGGAACAUUCAAGAUUUUAUCGGAAAGUUAUAUCAACAAAACAGCAUACAGGGUAGCAGCAGCUCGAGUGAGGGCAGUGGAGACGAGAAGGUGACUGAGUAUGCGGCUGGAAGACGGAAUCGAUUCGACAGCUUAUUUGGUAUUGAAGUGAACUAG